GCUGCUGCUGCUGCUGCUGCUGCUGCUGAUGUGUGAAGCCUGAAUGAAAACUUCAAUGGACUUCUGAGACAGAGGAGAGCAGCAGGCUGCAGCCAUGGCAAUCAAAGUUUCUGUUUCAGAGAUGGUCUGCCAGUGGGGCGUCCUGUUGCUUUUCACAUUACUGGUGAGGAAUGGACUCGUGGAUGGAUGUGUGUGUCCAGCAGCCACCGUUCUGGCCCAGUUUCCCUCAGAGAUCCCUGCUGAGGUUUGCUGCCUGAACUACUCUGGAUCUGCUUUCAGUCAUAUACCUUGGCCCGUGUUUACCAAUGAGACAAAUGUAGAAAUCCUGGAUCUUUCCAACUGUAGCAUCAGUUAUAUUAAUGGGACCGGUGUGGGGGCCUCCAUGCUGAAAGAGGUCUUUCUAAAUCACAACAGACUAAAUACACUGCCAGAGGAUUUUCUGGCCGACCAGCCCAGCCUGAGGGCGCUGCAUCUGGGUGGAAACCAGCUGCAGGAGCUCCCUGAGGGCUUCCUUCGUGGUUCUGACAACCUCCAGGAGGUGGAUUUACAGGGGAACCAGCUAAGCUAUCUCCCAGGAUCUGUGCUGCAGAAGCCCAGUCUGAUGAGACUGGGGCUGGAUGGGAACCCCUGGGAUUGCUCCUGCAUGUUACUGGAGAGCCUGGAGGCGGGCAGCCACGGUAACAGGACCACCAGCCUGCACGAUCUGGUGGGGAAUUUGACCUGCACCUCUCCCAUGCACCUGGCAGGCAGGGUUGUGUGGUCGGUGAAGCUCAGCAAUGCGUGCCGUCCCCCUGGCCUCACCGCGCUCUUCAUCCUCCUGCCCCUCCUCAUCCUCUCAGCCUUACUGCUCUGCUGGUGCUGCGGGAGAAAGAAGAGGAAAGAGACUUCUACUUUCAGCGCCUCAAAGAAGAGGGCGUCUAGCUCCAACUGCAACGGACAGAAACAUCGUGCCAAGCAGCAACCUGCAGCUUUACAGAGCACUAAGGCCGGGGACGGCAUGAACGAGGGCAUCCUGAAGAAUCAGCUGCUGCUGCGCCCGGCAUCCACCCUCCUGGGCAGCACCAGAGACAUCUAUGAGGAGGUGGAGAUCAAACUGGGCUCAGUGGAGUCUCUGCCCCGAGCCUCUUCCCACUGCUCCACCUCCACAGAGGGGAGGCAGGGCACCCAGGGGCCCGAGGGGGGCAACAAGGCAGAGCUGGACACUGUGAGUGUGACGGAGGUGAUGAAAGACUCAGCGGACAGGGAGAAGGCUUACCUGACCCAGUCCACUGAAUACUACAGCCUGGUGCCAGGCAUCGAGCUGGAGGACUCGGACCACGGCGAGUAUGAGAGCGUUGACCUUUCGUGACAGCGUCUCACAAGAAAUGAGAGUGUGUGCCAGUGUGUGUGAUAGAGACAGAGAAAGAGAGACAGACACAGAAAGACUUAUCUCUUUGUUCAGAGACAGUGGCAGAGACACUGUGGUCUGACCACUGGAGUAUCACAAUGUAAGAGGAAGUGAUUUAAUCCGGAGCUUUUCCUGUGGGACCUGAGGAACGCAGCGGCUGUUUGAAAGGGAGGCCCACUUUUUCUCUCUCUACAUGACCAGCAAUUUGAAAGACAUUGUUCGUUUUAAAUAUGGAUUUUCCCCUGGGACGUUUGCACAAAGACAUUUCAUUCACACUCCACUCCAAACAAAUGAACAUUUCAUAAAGUUUUCACUGAAACGAUUUAAUGAAAAGUCCAUUGCAAAGAGCAGGGCUCAUUCUGUAGAACUACUGCGUGCCUUGCCUGCCUACCUACGCCAAGUAAAGCAGACUUUUUUCCAAUUUGCAUAAGUUCCUCUGCCUCACCCAAGUACAACUGGUGUAUGCAUUCCAGUUUGACCUGUUACAGAAGGGUUUUCACAGUUGUUCUCAACGCCCUUGACCGUAAGCUGCACAACCAGAUGAAUAAGUGGCAAUCAAUGACUAAUCAAACUGCUAUGGCCACAGUUAAUUCUUUGUGAAAAGUGGAACGUGCAGCGUAAAUGACACAAACACAAGCGUGGAUACAGAAAGGUCGCCACUAAACACAGACGGAGAGAUACAUGCUUAGUCAUGCGUUGCAAUGCCACGUGCUCAAAUGUGCAUAUAGGUUGGAAAAUGUCAGGACGGUUAGAUCCAAAUGCAGGUAAAUGCUGGUUUGAGAUAAAAAUCUCUGUGGUGUCGGCUCAGUAAACUGAGAUACAGAGAGCCUCUGUGUGCUGGUGCUGAACAUAAAGGCACUGGAGGAGCGACAAUAGACAACCACUCACACUGAACACUGGGCUUAUCAAGAAGGUGAACAAUGUACCUUUACUAUUGAUGUGGAAAACAGAGUGACUUCUCUCUCUCUCUCUCUCUCUCACACACACACACACAC